AUGGCUUCUAAUCGUAUCCGCCGCAUCGCCAAAGAACUCGCAGACAUCCACGAUGACAGCCACUCUCAGGUUACCGUCGAUCCGGUUGGUGGCGGGGAUGACUUGACACAUUUGAAGGGCUCUUUUCGGGGGCCCCCUGGCACUCCAUAUGAGGGCGGGACGUAUCGCGUUGAUAUUAGGAUCCCUGCCGACUAUCCGUUCCGCCCUCCGAUCAUGAAGUUUGACACCAAGUUGUGGCAUCCGAAUGUCAGCAGCCAGACUGGAGCCAUUUGCCUUGAUACGCUCAGCGGUGCCUGGUCCCCGGUCCUCACGAUCAAAUCUGCCCUGCUCUCACUUCAAUCUCUGCUCAGUACCCCUGAGCCUAAAGAUCCCCAAGACGCGGAAGUCGCAAACAUGAUGCUCCGAAACCCAAAGGAAUUCGAUCGGGUUGCACGGCAAUGGGCCGUCUUGCAUGCAGGUGCGCCACAAAAAUAUAUCGGCGAAAGCAGUGGCGGGGCUACCGCGGCGUCAAUCCGCGAACGGGAGAUCAAGUCAAAGCAGGAGCAGGAACAAGAGGAACUUGCUGCAUAUGAGGGAUAUAAUAAGGACCUUAUCGACCGCUUUUGCAGUAUGGGGUUCGAUGUCCCAAGGGUUGUUUCCGCCUUCAAGUACGUCGGCAUCGACCGAAUGGAUGGAGAGGAUUACGAGCUUGAAGAGGCCUAUAUGGGAGACAUAACCGCUCGUCUCCUUGGAGAACCAUGA